GCGGCUGAAUCAGGAAUAAUAAAAGUGAAAACUAUAGCUGCACGGAACGCUGAUAUUUUGGCAGCAUUGAAAGAGAACAGCUCAGAGGUAGUUCAGCCUUUUCUAAUGGGUUGUGGAACAAAGGAACCAAAGAUCACUCAGCUGUGUCUAGCAGCCAUACAGAGGCUCAUGUCCCAUGAAGUUGUUUCAGAGGCUGCAGCAGGAAACAUUAUUAAUAUGCUUUGGCAACUGAUGGAAAAUAGUCUUGAAGAACUUAAAUUGCUCCAGACAGUUCUUGUACUUUUAACAACCAAUACAGUUGUGCAUGAUGAAGCACUGUCCAAGGCAAUUGUACUUUGUUUUCGAUUGCACUUCACAAAAGAUAAUAUAACAAAUAAUACUGCAGCAGCUACAGUGCGGCAGGUAGUUACUGUUGUAUUUGAGAGAGUGGUUGCUGAAGAUGAACAAUACAAAGACGCUAUUGACCAGCCAGUUGCAGUUCAAGGAAAUAGUAACAGAAGAUCUGUCAGUACACUGAAGCCAUGUGCUAAAGAUGCUUAUAUGCUUUUUCAGGAUCUUUGUCAGUUAGUUAAUGCUGAUGCUCCCUACUGGCUCGUGGGUAUGACAGAAAUGACCCGGACAUUUGGCCUCGAACUUCUUGAGUCAGUCCUCAAUGACUUUCCACAAGUGUUUUUACAACAUCAGGAAUUCAGUUUUCUUCUUAAAGAAAGGGUAUGCCCUCUUGUUAUAAAGCUCUUCUCCCCAAAUAUCAAAUUCAGGCAAGGUUCCAGCACAUCAUCUUCCCCAGCACCAGUGGAAAAACCAUACUUCCCCAUCUGCAUGCGUUUGCUGAGAGUAGUUUCUGUUUUGAUUAAGCAGUUUUACAGUUUGCUGGUAACAGAAUGUGAAAUCUUUCUGUCAUUGCUGGUUAAGUUUCUGGAUGCAGACAAACCACAGUGGCUAAGAGCUGUUGCAGUAGAAUCUAUUCACAGGCUUUGUGUGCAGCCUCAGCUAUUAAGGUCCUUUUGUCAAUCGUAUGAUAUGAAGCAACAUUCCACAAAAGUUUUCCGUGAUAUUGUGAAUGCACUGGGGUCCUUCAUCCAGUCGCUAUUUCUUGUGCCAAGCACAGGGAACACAUCAGUGAUGCCAAACCAAACUGGAAGCAAUGCAUCAGGGAAUACUGGCUCAGCACAGACUAACCCGGGAGUGCUUGGAAUGGGAGGAGGUGCAACUGUAUUACCUGCUUUUGAGUACAGAGGCACUUGGAUACCUAUCCUGAAUGUAACAGUACAAGGCAGUGCUAAAGCUACCUAUUUGGAAAUGCUGGACAAAGUAGAGCCACCUACGAUUCCUGAAGGCUAUGCCAUGUCAGUGGCAUUUCACUGUUUACUGGAUCUUGUCCGUGGUAUCACUACCAUGAUUGAAGGAGAGUUGGGAGAGGCAGAAACAGUCAGUCAAAGCACAACAGAGACAACUUCAUUACCAGCACAGUCUUCAGAACAGCAAGACUUGCAGUCUGUAUCUGACCAAACAGAGAAAGAACUAGUUAGCAGAGCUGUAUGGGAAGAAAUGGUGAAUGCUUGUUGGUGUGGUCUUCUGGCUGCUUUAUCCCUCCUACUUGAUGCAAGUACUGAUGAAGCUGCCACUGAAAAUAUUCUAAAAGCAGAAUUGACCAUGGCUGCACUUUGUGGAAGACUGGGUCUUGUAACAUCAAGAGAUGCCUUUAUCACUGCCAUUUGCAAAGGAUCCUUGCCUCCUCACUAUGCCCUUACUGUAUUAAAUAACACAACUGCAGCUCUGUCCAGCAAAUCAUAUUCCAUUCAGGGACAGAAUGUUCAAAUGAUCAGUCCCUCAAGUGAGUCUCAUCAGCAAGUUGUAGCAGUAGGGCAACCCUUAGCUCUUCAGCCACAAGGAACAGUAAUGCUGACUUCAAAAAAUAUCCAGUGUAUGAGGACAUUACUCAACUUAGCUCACUGCCACGGAGCCGUUCUUGGUACAUCAUGGCAACUUGUCCUGGCUACUCUUCAGCAUCUUGUGUGGAUUCUGGGAUUGAAGCCUGGUGUUGGGGGUGCAUUAAAACCUGGGAGGGCUGUAGAAGGGCCCAGCACAGUUCUGACUACAGCAGUUAUGACUGAUCUGCCAGUUAUAUCCAACAUACUUUCAAGGCUUUUUGAAAGCUCACAGUACCUUGACGAUGUGUCUUUACAUCACUUAAUAAAUGCCCUUUGCUCCUUGUCUCUGGAAGCCAUGGAUAUGGCCUAUGGAAACAAUAAGGAACCAUCGCUUUUUGCUGUUGCUAAAUUACUGGAAACAGGACUAGUUAACAUGCACAGGAUUGAGAUUCUUUGGAGACCUCUGACGGGUCAUCUUCUGGAGAAGGUCUGUCAGCAUCCAAACUCCAGAAUGAGAGAAUGGGGAGCAGAAGCUUUAACUUCUCUCAUUAAAGCAGGACUAACAUUCAGCCAUGAUCCUCCAUUAUCUCAAAAUCAGAGACUGCAGUUGCUUUUAUUGAAUCCACUAAAAGAACUGUCAAACAUUAGUCAUCCUGAUAUCAGGAUCAAGCAGUUGGAGUGUGUACUCCAGAUUUUGCAAAGUCAGGGUGACAGCUUAGGACCUGGUUGGCCGUUGGUGCUUGGAGUCAUGGGUGCCAUCCGAAGUGAUCAGGGAGAGUCCUUAAUACGGACUGCAUUCCAGUGUCUUCAGUUGGUUGUGACAGACUUUCUUCCAACAAUGCCAUGUACUUGUCUACAGAUAGUUGUUGAAGUUGCAGGAAGCUUUGGACUACACAAUCAAGAGCUAAAUAUUAGCUUAACUUCAAUUGGUUUGUUGUGGAAUAUUUCGGAUUAUUUUUUCCAAAGAGGUGAAAUAAUUGAAAAGGAGCUAAACAAAGAAGAAGCUGUGUUGCAGAAACAGGCAGAAGAAAAGGGGGUGAUGCUGAAUAGACCUUUUCACCCUGCACCACCAUUUGACUGUCUUUGGUUAUGCCUGUAUGCCAAACUUGGAGAACUGUGUGUAGAUCCCCGACCUGCAGUUAGAAAGAGUGCUGGGCAGACAUUGUUUUCUACUAUUGGUGCUCAUGGAACUUUAUUGCAACAUUCAACAUGGCACACAGUAAUAUGGAAGGUUUUAUUUCACCUGUUGGAUAGGGUUCGAGAAUCUUCUACCACAGCUGACAAAGAGAAGAUUGAAUCGGGAGGAGGCAACAUUCUCAUCCAUCAUUCAAGGGAUACAGCUGAGAAACAGUGGGCUGAGACGUGGGUAUUAACACUGGCUGGAGUUGCAAGAAUAUUUAACACCAGGAGAUACUUACUGCAGCCUUUAGGAGACUUUUCCCAAGCCUGGGAUGUUCUUCUUGAUCACAUCCAAUCAGCAGCACUCAGCAAAAAUAAUGAAGUUUCCUUGGCUGCUCUGAAAAGCUUCCAGGAGAUCUUACAAAUUGUUUCUCCUGUCCGAGACUCAGAGAAACCUGACACACCACCUGCUAUCAAUGUUUCUGUACCUGUGGUGGUAGGGACAACAACUGCCACUAGUCUUGGCAGAUCAUUCAUGAGAACUGACUCCAUAGGAGAAAGAAUAGGAAGAUACAAUGGAUCUGAACCACCUGUAAUAACAGAUGAGAUUGAAGAUUUGAAUCUUUGGUGGGCAGCCUGGAACAGCUGGUAUAGGAUUGGUUCAGAAAGUACAAGGCCUCCAAUUACUUGUGAUAAAUUGACUUUCAUUCCCAGCCAGCCUUUUCUUACAGCUUUAAUUCAAAUAUUCCCGGCUCUUUACCAACACAUCAAAACUGGUUUCAGCAUGGAUGAUCUCCAGAAGCUGGGUGUCAUUUUGCACGGUGCUGUUUCAGUUCCAAUCAGUUCUGAUGCUUCCCCUUUCAUCCUUCCAUCUUACACUGAAGCAGUUUUGACAAGUUUACAGGAAGCGGUGCUUACAGCUUUAGAUGUUUUACAAAAGGCUAUAUGUGUGGGCUCAGAAAGUAUGCAGAUAAUGUAUCCUGCAAUCUUCGACCAGCUGUUGGCCUUUGUAGAGUUUUCCUGCAAGCCUCCACAGUAUGGACAGCUGGAAACAAAGCAUAUCGCAAAUGCAAAGUAUAAUCAGAUACAACUAUUUGCACCGGCGGAAUGGGUAGCAUUGAAUUACGUACCAUUUGCUGAGAGAUCGUUGGAAGUCGUUGUGGACUUAUACCAAAAAACAGCUUGCCAUAAAGCUGUGGUAACAGAGAAGGUUCUUCAGAACGUAAUUAAGACACUAAGAAUACCUCUUAGUCUGAAAUAUUCUUGUCCUUCUGAAAGCACAUGGAAGCUAGCUGUUUCCUCUCUUCUCAAAGUUCUUUCUAUCGGACUACCUGUUGCAAGGCAGCACGCAUCUUCUGGAAAAUUUGACAGUAUGUGGCCAGAGCUAGCAAAUACUUUUGAAGACUUUUUAUUCACCAAAAGUACACCUCCUGAUAAUCUCUCAAUUCAAGAAUUUCAGAAGAAUGAGAGUAUUGAUGUUGAGGUGGUGCAGCUUAUCAGCACAGAGAUACUGCCAUAUGCUAAUUUUAUUCCUAAGGAAUUUGUUGGUCAAAUAAUGACUAUGCUCAAUAAAGGCUCAAUACAUUCUCAGUCAUCCUCCUUUACAGAAGCCGAAAUAGAUAUUCGAAUGAGAGAGGAGUUUUCUAAGGUGUGUUUUGAAACAUUGCUCCAGUUUUCAUUCAGUAAUAAAGUCACAACUCCUCAGGAAGGCUACAUCUCUAGAAUGGCACUUUCUGUGCUCUUGAAAAGGUCACAGGAUGUAUUGCAUCGCUACAUAGAAGAUGAGAGAUUGAGUGGCAAAUGUCCUCUUCCACGGCAACAAGUAACAGAAAUCAUCUUUGUUUUAAAAGCUGUCAGUACUCUCAUAGAUUCACUUAAAAAAACUCAACCUGAAAAUGUUGAUGCUAACACAUGGGCACAAGUUAUUGCCCUGUACCCGACUUUAGUAGAAUGUAUCACCUGCUCAUCCUCGGAAGUGUGCUCUGCUCUGAAAGAGGCACUGGUUCCCUUUAAGGACUUCAUGCACCCACCAGCAUCCAAGGACAGACAAUGUUACACCCUCUAGGAACCAGUUGCUGGGAUCAAGAAUGACUACAUCAGCAGCAAGUAAGGAAACAAAUUGGAUGGUUUAAGGCAACUUGUGUAAGAAAGAUAGUGAAAUUAAAUGUUCACGAUUCUUAUGGUGGAGGGAGAACAUCAAAAUAAAAAUCGCUGGACUUCAGGAAGGCAGACUUCAGAAAAUUGAUAGGUAAGAUCUCACAGAAGACAAGUCUGAGGUAAGAGAGGAACUGAGGAGAUAAGACAGUUCCUUGGAGAGGUGCAGGUCAUGACUGAAAGUAUACCCCAGUGCAGGAGACAGAGACUAGCUGUAAUAAGAGACCAACUCAGUUAAAUGAGGAAUUUCAUUGACUUUCAAACACAAGGAGGGGAGGCCUACAGAAGGUGGAAAUUCAGAUGCCACCAAAAAACAGAGUUAACAGAUAGCGAUGAAAGUAGAUGAGAUACAACUGUCAACUGACAGAGAAUAAAUACGUAAGUAGUGAAAGAUUUCCGCUAACAAAAGUGCUGACUACUUAAAAGAGGAUGGCUAUUGACACAGGUGAUCAUGUGUUUGGUUCAAAUUUUCAAUUUGUGCGUUGAAUUUUUUGGUUUGUUAAUAGUGAUGACUAAUGCAAAAUGUCAAAAAUCGACUGCCAGUGUAUUGCUCGUGCAAUUGAUAUGAGUGACAAACAUUGAAGAAGUUUACCUAGAAAAAGGAAAACAGGAUAGAAGAUAGUUACAUGUUGUCAAAUUGACUGGGCCUGAAGAAUUUCUUCCUGGUAUUUGAAGAACUAAUCUGAGGAACUUCAGCAUUUUUAAGAUCAUCUUUGAAAACUAAUGUAAAACAAGAGAAGUACCAGGUAACUGAAAAAAAACAAAACCAGUGCUUGAACUUUUUAAGGACAAAAUGGAGAAGAUGGAAAUCAACUGGCCUGACAUUAAUUCUUUUUCUGACAAGUAAAAAUCAAAAUCUGCUGUUAGCAUCAGCAAGAUAUCCAUGACGUGCGUAACAACUGAUAAGUAUUUGCUGUGAUCAAGUCACAUAAACCAAGUCUAAUUUCUUUCUAUGAAAAAGUGACAUAUGUUGUGGAUGGGGAUAAGAACUAGUUGCUAACUCUUGAUUUUAGCAAGGCUUUGGAUGCUGUUUCACAUGACUCUUUCAUAAGCAAACCAGGGAAACAGAGUCUAGCCAAGCAGACAAGACCCUAAAAGCAAGUAUUAGUUGAUCAAGGUCAGAGUGUGCAGACUCUACAUGUAGCUUCUCUGAAUACAAUAUAAGGAUAAGAGAGUGUGCUUACUAAAACGGUAGCAAAUUGACAGAUGUAUUACAAGUACGCUAGCAAACAGGAUUAUAACUCAACAUCAAAACUGGCGAAAUGGUUUCCCAAAAACCAGAAUGCAGUUCAUCAAGAUGACUGUAAGAUGCUGCUCUUAAGCAGCAGUCAGCUUUUUCCAUUUAAUUGUCCUAGCCUUCUAGAAUAGGAGACUUAAUUUCAAAACAGCUUUGAUGGUUUUCCUUAGAAAAUUGCUCCAGUGUUAAAAUGGCUGUCAGUGUAAACAGCUGUCAUUAACACCAUCAAGAACUAGACCUGAAAAUAUUUUUUGCAACAGUUUCUAAUAAUAGAAGUAUAAAACAAGUUUUAAUAUCUUUUAAGCAAUUAAAAUUUUAUAUUGGCUUUCUCAACUGAUCCAUUUCUGUGCAUAAUCCAUAAUUUGAUAUUAUAACAUUUAAUCUAUACAAUGAUUGUGUUAAUUGUCUUUAAGUCAUCCAGUCAAAACUUUAUUUAAAUAAAUAAAUCUGCAUUUUUCCAUUAUGUAUCGAACACCUGAUCUCUACUCUGUUAGAUUUCACCUAACAAUGUAUGUUACGUCUUAAAGAAUUAAGGUGUAUAUUAAAGACUGGAUGGAAUUCUUGCAAUAAAAAUAGUACUGAGCGGUAUUACCAACAGAACAGGGGGGUUGUGUCGCAUUGUGAAGGCAUCAAAUAGAAGAGCUACAAUGCAUUAGUUACCAUCCACUUUUCUGAUUCAGAACAUAAUAGUCCUUGUGUCCUAUCAGUUAGACAGUUAACAUGCCAAAACCUGAUCCUUCUAUUUCUGAGCUCCUUAUUUAAGCAUUUAAGUCUUGAUUACAAAACAGAUUUGCUAGAAAGGGUAAGAUACCUGUAUUUACUGUGCUAACUGCAGCAUUUCAUUACCAACAGGUGAGAGUAUUCAUUGCUCGAAUUUAUUAUCUAUGUUUAGAGGAGUUCUCAGAUAAGCUUAUUUUUAAAAUCGGUAUGACAAGCUUUUCUCUCCAUGUUAACAUGUUUAUUCCCAC